UCAAAGUCCCUUCCUGCGACUGGUUUUAAGCUGCCUCUCUCCAUGGCUGACCUUCCACUACAGCUCCAGAGGACCAGGACAGUCCUAGAAGAACAGGGCCAGAAGGAACCUCAGGAGGUCACCCAGUCCAGCCUGCUGCUUUUGGCAGGAACAUCCCUGUCUAAUCCAUCCAGCCAAGCGUUAUUCUGACCUGCACUUAAACUUCCACUGAAGAAGACUGCACAGCCUCUCUAGACUCCAUGCCUGGCCUUGAAGAUGCUUGCUUCUCUCAGUGCCUCCAUUCCCCAUCUGCAAAAUAAAGGGCAACAGUGCUGCCCCUUGCUUUCCACUCCGAGUGGGACAGUAUCUGCAAGAGCAGGCAUCAGUAGUUCUCGUGGGUGUCUCAUGAUGCUGUGUCGAGCUGCUCUGAGCCCCUGCUUCCACGCCCCUGGACGGUCCCUUCUCUUCUCACCAUGGUCCAUCGCAGCUAUUGCCCGCCCUUCUCUCCCUGCCCACAACUGGGUGCUGAAGAAUGGCUCUGUCCGCUGCUGGAGCAACAUCCCAUUCAUCACUGUGCCACUCAGCCGGACGCACGGCAAGUCGUUUGCUCACCGCAGUGAACUGAAGCACGCUAAGCGGAUCGUGGUGAAGCUGGGCAGUGCUGUGGUCACCCGUGGAGAUGAGUGUGGAUUGGCUCUUGGGCGGCUGGCAUCCAUUGUUGAGCAGGUGUCGAUGCUUCAGAACCAGGGCCGAGAGAUGAUGAUUGUCACCAGUGGAGCCGUGGCUUUUGGCAAGCAGCGACUGCGCCAUGAGAUCCUGCUCUCCCAGAGCGUGCGACAGGCCUUGCACUCUGGGCAGAACCAGCUGAAGGACAUGGCUAUCCCGGUCCUGGAGGCACGAGCUUGUGCAGCUGCUGGGCAGAGUGGACUGAUGGCUUUGUAUGAGGCCAUGUUCACGCAGUACAGCAUCUGUGCAGCUCAGAUCUUAGUCACCAACCUGGAUUUCCAUGAUGAGCAGAAACGCCGGAACCGGAAUGGGACAUUGCACGAGCUGCUGCGAAUGAACAUUGUCCCCAUCAUUAACACCAAUGACGCUGUUGUUCCACCUCCAGAGCCAAACAGUGAUCUGCAGGGGGUCAUUAGCGUGAAGGAUAAUGAUAGUUUGGCAGCACGACUGGCGGUAGAAAUGAAGACCGAUCUCCUAAUUGUUCUCUCGGACGUGGAAGGACUCUUUGACAGCCCCCCGGGGUCAGAUGAUGCGAAGCUUAUUGACAUAUUUUACCCGGGAGACCAGCAGUCUGUGACCUUUGGAACCAAAUCCCGGGUAGGAAUGGGAGGCAUGGAAGCCAAGGGAGGAGAAAACUCUAGAGCCUAUGUAAAGGCUGCUCUGUGGGCCCUCCAAGGGGGCACUUCUGUGGUCAUUGCAAAUGGGACGCCCCCAAAGAUCUCUGGCCACGUCAUCACGGACAUUGUGGAAGGGAAAAAAGUUGGCACCUUUUUUUCAGAAGUGAAACCUGCAGGCCCUACUGUAGAACAGCAGGCUGAAAUGGCUCGAGCUGGUGGCAGGAUCCUGGCAGCAUUACAACCUGAACAGAGAGCUGAUAUUAUCUAUCAUCUUGCUGACUUACUGACAGACCAGAGAGAAGAAAUUCUGUUGGCAAACAAGAAAGACAUGGAAGAAGCUGAGAACAAAGGGAGACUGGCGCUUCCUUUGAUGAAGAGACUGAGUCUGUCUACGUCCAAGCUGAACAGCUUGGCCAUUGGUCUGCGCCAGAUUGCAGCAUCCUCGCAGGACAGUGUGGGCCGUGUCAUUCGCCGGACGCGAAUAGCAAAGGACUUGGAAUUGGAGCAGGUGACAGUGCCCAUUGGUGUCCUGCUGGUGAUCUUCGAGUCCCGCCCAGACUGCCUCCCACAGGUGUCUGCUUUGGCCAUUGCCAGUGGAAAUGGUUUAUUGCUGAAAGGCGGAAGGGAGGCAUCACAUAGCAAUCAGAUCCUUCACCACCUGACACAGGAAGCACUUUCUAUCCAUGGGGUCAAAGAUGCAGUGCAGCUGGUGAAUACCAGAGAGGAAGUAGAGGACCUCUGCCGCUUGGACAAACUGAUAGAUCUGAUCAUUCCACGCGGGUCAUCUCAGCUUGUUAGGGACAUCCAGAAAGCAGCUAAAGGGAUCCCAGGGAUGGGGCACAGUGAAGGGAUCUGCCAUGUAUAUGUGGACGCAGAUGCCAGUGUUGAGAAGGUCACAAGGAUAGUCAGAGACUCAAAGUGUGAAUAUCCUGCUGCUUGCAAUGCUCUGGAGACGCUCUUGAUUCACCGGGACCAGCUGCGAACCCCACUGUUUGAUCAGAUCAUCGACAUGCUGAGAGUGGAGCAGGUGAAGAUUCAUGCUGGCCCUAGGUUUGCAUCUUACUUGACUUUCAGUCCUUCAGAAGUGAAGUCUCUCCGUACAGAAUACGGAGACCUGGAAUGCUGCAUCGAGGUGGUGGACAGUGUCCAGGAAGCCAUUGAACAUAUCCACAAAUAUGGAAGCUCUCACACAGAUGUGAUCGUCACAGAGAAUGAGAAAACGGCAGAGUACUUCCUGCAGCACGUGGACAGUGCCUGCGUGUUCUGGAAUGCCAGCACCCGAUUCUCCGACGGAUACCGCUUGGGGCUUGGGGCCGAGGUUGGAAUCAGUACUUCUCGUAUCCAUGCCCGUGGACCGGUGGGGAUCGAGGGACUAUUAACUACAAAGUGGCUGCUGAGAGGGGACAAUCAUGUUGUGUCUGACUUCUCAGAGCAUGGGAGCAUGAAAUAUCUUCAUGAGAACCUCCCCAUCCCUCAGAGGAACACCGACUGACAGCACCUGAGAGCCCAGGAGUGCGACAGGUUUACUGAGGAUGCUCAGGCUCCAGAGCUGCCUCUGGGGAGGGGUUUGUACUUGCCCUCAGGU